UAGUAAGGGUGUGACAUAAACUCGUAUUCACUGCGAUUGGAACUUGCGUUUUGUGCCUUCGAAAUUGUAUUUUUGUGUUUAUAAUUCAAAUGUUUUUGUUUAAUCAUCACAUUGAAAAUGUUGCGUGAAAAUGUCAGAGCCCUUGUGGCUGUUUGUAUUUUUAUAAUUUUACCAUUUUGCAUCGGUCAAUACUAUGAAGUGGAACGAACGAAAUUAGAAAAAUUAGUGUGGUGUACGACUAAUGAGCCCGAACAAUUCAAGUGUCAAAAUUUUACGGCAGCACUCGAACGAGAUCGUGCAUUGUUCGACGAUAAUUAUAUCAAUACAACGUGUCAUCAAGCAUUUUCAACGGAAGAAUGUAUCCAAUUGAUCGAUACAGAGAGGGCACAUUUGAUGUCAUUGGAUGCUGGAAAUGUAUUUAUGGCCGGUCGUUAUCACUCAUUAAUUCCAAUCAUGCAGGAAAGUUUUGAUGGUGGUUUUGUGAAUUACUAUUCGGUUGCUGUUGUUAAAAAAGACACACUACAUGACGUGACAUCGAUUCGUGAUUUACACGGUAAACGUGCAUGUUUUGCUGAAGUUGGCAGUCAAGCCGGUUGGACCAUUCCAAUUCAUACGUUACAAUAUGAGGGCGGUAUGGAAGUGAUCGAUUGUAAUAAUCAUGUGAAGAAUGCAAUAAACUUUUUCGGCGAAUCAUGUGCACCAAACUCGCUAGUCGAUAGAUAUAAUCCGAUUGGCGAUAAUUCCGACAGAUUGUGUGCUUUGUGCAUUGGAAAAGUGCCUGGCGGUAAAUGUACGCAUCGUGAUCCAUAUGCUGGUUUUGAAGGUGCAUUCAGGUGUUUGUUAGAAGCUGGUGACGUUGCUUUUUUGAAACAUACCACCGUUAGUGAAAUGAUCAAUAGCAAACAAUUUCGUUCGGUGAGUGCAGACAGUCUUGAAUUGUUGUGUAAAGAUGGUUUACGACGCCCAUUGUCCGAAUAUCGUCAAUGUAACUGGGGUUUGGUGCCAUCACAUGCAAUUGUUACAUCAUCGGCUCGAUCAUCGCAGGAACGAAAGCACUACCAACAAUUUUUAACACGAGCUGUACAAUUGUACUCGACAAAACCGGUACAAAAUGUAACAACAAACGAUCGCCGAUAUGAAGGUUUCAAUCGAUUCGAUACAAACAACGAUGACAAGUAUUAUGAUCAAAAAUAUUUGCAAGAUCAAAAUAGCCAAUCAAACUCAUGGAAUCCAUACACUAACUCAUAUGACAACAAUAAAAAUAAUAAUAACAACAACAAUAACAAUAAUAAUAAUGGCUAUCGAAGCAAUUUAGAUAGUAGUUUUGAGACCGAAAGUUCACGAUUUGAUAGUAAUACAACGCAAACGUAUGAAAAAUUCGAUAUUUUUGCAUCUGAAAGUUAUGGCGGACGAUUGAACCUUUUGUUCCAAGAUGCAGCACGAAAUCUGGUGCCGAUUAGAGAAGACGAUCAAAGCUUUGGCGGAUAUUUGGGUAGUGCAUUGCAACAAAUUUUGGAAGUUCGUCAAUGUCCUGUUGGUCGUAUGACUUUGUGCGUCACAUCAGAUGCCGAAAUGGAUAAAUGCAUUAAAAUGCGAACGGCUUUGAAAGCGCAAUUGAUCAAGCCAGAAAUGAGUUGCUUUAAGGGGCACUCACACAUCAAUUGCAUGCAAUCGAUUCGUACGGGUGUUGCCGAUGUUGCCGUUUUAGAUGCAAGUGAUGUGUACACAGCUGGUUUACGCUAUGACUUGAUUCCAAUCAUAUCCGAAGUAUAUAAUUUGGGCGAACCAGAGUAUUAUGUCGUGGCCAUUGCAAAAGAAGAAGAUCCUAGUACCGAAUUAACAUAUCUUCGUGGAAAGUAUACUUGUCAUGCUGGCAUGAAUACAGCUGCCGGAUGGGUGUAUCCAAUGGCGUAUUUGAUUUCAAAUGGCUGGAUUCGACCAUACGGUUGCGAUAGUAUACGUGCUGCGUCCGAAUAUUUCACCAAAUCUUGUAUACCAGGCGCAAUAAGUCCAGAAUAUAACAUCGGUGUACCAUAUGAUAAUCUGUGUGAUUUGUGUCACGGAACUUCGUAUAGAUACUGUAGACGUGAUGCUUCCGAAGAUUAUUAUGGUCAUACGGGUGCGUUCCGUUGCCUGGUCGAAGGAGGGGGUGAUGUGGCUUUCGUUAAGCAUACAACAGUUAUGGAAAACACCGGUGGAAAACGAAGAGAAUGGUGGGCUCGAAAUACUUUGAACGAUGACUUUGAACUUCUUUGUCCAGACGGUACCCGACGCGAUUUGCCUGAUUACAAGACGUGCAAUUUGGGCAAAGUUAAAGCAAACGCAGUGGUGACACGUGGUGCGGAUGGAUACAAUGAAACUCAAAUCAAUGCAUACAUGAAUCUUUUUACCUAUGCUCAACAAUAUUAUGGUCGUAAAGAUGCUGAUGCAUUCAGUUUUAGCAUGUUCUUUUCACCGCCACCAUAUCAUGAUCUGAUUUUCCAAGAUGCCACACAACAAUUGCGUCCCGUUCCGAAUGACAAGAGACGAUACGAUUUGUAUUUGGGUGGUGAUUUUAUGCGUGCAAAGCGUAUAACUGACUGCGAUGCCGGAGCCAUGGCUCAAAAAUUCUCGAUAAGUCUGGCGAUCAUUAUUCCAUUACUUGUCGCUUUUACAUUUACACAUCUAUAAAGGAGCCAUUUUCAUUAGGUCAAAACAUGAUCAAAUUGCUCAUGAAUCUCAUUGUUACGGAUGUAAAGUAUCUGUAUAAUUCGAAACACCGUCCAGUAAAACAAAAAUAGAUAUUUUUUCGCACAUAUCUCCAACAAAUCGAUAAUGAUCGAUUCAAAUGACAAUUACCACAAACAUUAUUAGUAUUAGUAUAUUAUUGAUCGAAACUUAUUGAGCAGAUUGAACUAAUAAGUUUAGUUUAUAAGUGAAAUUCCGUCCAGAAUUUGUAUUUUUUUUUCACGAGGCCUUACAAAUACAAUAAGAGCAAAGUUUUUUUUAGAUACAUGAUUUUAAAAGAUGAUUUUUUAUGACAGUUUUAACGUUUUUUGAUGUACAAAUAUGUUCGAAUGUUUGAAUGUUUAAACACAGCAAAAUAAAUCGAAAAUUUCUCGAAAA